AUGCGGAUCCUCAGGCGUUCCGAAGUUCUGCUCGCGCCGAACACUCGAAACUCAAUAUUUGCAGCCGUUGCCACCGCCAGCGCGCCGGCCUUGCGCUGGAUGGACUUUAUUACCUCAUUCGACAUUCGCCUCGAGAAAGACGUGUACUAUGCGGGCGAGCCGGUAGUCGGUUGUGUGGUGCUCGAGAACUCCGAGCCAAUUAAGAUUCGAGGUGAGCACGAUUUGAGAUUUUUUUAAAAUUUUUUUACAUUUUCAAGUUUUUUAAAAUUUAUUCUAUUAUACCAAAAAUGCAUUUUUUUUGAAAGUUUUAGAAUUUUUUACUCUCAAGGUUUUUCGAUAAAAUCGUGACAUUUCGUCGAAUUUUUCAAUAACUUUUUGACAUUUUGUCAAAUUUUAAUUAAAUUUGAUUUUGCUAUACCAAAAAUGCAUUUUCUUCGCAAAUUUAAGGCUUUUUUUGAUUUUUACAAUUAAAAAUUUUCCAAUAAAUUUGUGGCAUUUCGUUACAUUUGCAAAAAAGCGUAAAUAAUGUGCGAAAAAUGCGUUUUUGUGUAAAGUGAGCUUUUUACUUCUUCACUUUUUCAAAUUUUUCAAUACUUUUGUAAGAGUUUGGCGAAACUACUAAUACUUUUGUGACACUUCGUCAAAAUUUCCAAUAACUUUUUUACAUUUCGUCAAAUGUUUAAAUAAUUUGAUUUUUCAACAAAAUCAUGAAAAAAUAUUAUAAAAAAUUAAAAAUCAUUAUAAUUAAACAUUUGGCCACUUUAAACUGGACUAUUUUUAGGAAUACGAGUAUUUUUGCGCGGUCGAGCCCGCGCCCAAUGGAAAGUCCUAAAAUCGGGCGAAAGUCGGACCUUAAAAGACGACCAGUACCUAUUGGACGAAAAGUACGUCAUCUGGGGCAAGGACAAGAACGAUGACCCGGAAGGCAUUGAAGUGCUACAACGUGGCCCUCAUCAAUUCAACUUUACAUUUCAACUACCACAAAGUCAGAUGCCAUGCUCGUUGGAGACUAAAGCGGGUACGAUAAGGUACUAUGUGAAGGUGGUCAUUGACAUACCUUAUGCCAGCUCACCACAAGGUAUCAAGUACUUUACGUAUGUGGGCCCACAUACGGAUUGUAUGGACGAAAAAUAUUUGACGCCAUUGACCGGUCAAGACCACAAAGUACGAUGCUUUCGCUGCUGUCGACGUGGUAUGAUAGCGUUGCGGAUGGUACUGGAGAGGACGGCGUAUUGUUGUGGAGAGAAUCUCAAAUUCAAAGCACAUAUCGAGAAUCACCAAGAUUUUUCUAUCACUUUAUGCACGAGGUUAUAUCAGGUAAGUUUUCGUGGUUUUUUGUUUUCCAAUAAAUUUGUGACACUUAGUCUAAAUUUCCAAUAAUUUUGUGACACUUCGUCGAUUGAAAAAAGCGCAUAUAAUAUUCACAAAUUUAUAACCUUUAAGGCUUUCCAUAUUAUUUUAGCUUUUUCAAUAUCUUUUUGACACUUCGUCUAAAUUUCCAAUAAUUUUGUGGCAUUUCGUAAAAUUUAUAAAUACUAAAACAAAUUACUCAAAAACAUUUUUUUUGCAUUUUUCUUCACAAAAAUAAUUAUAAAAUCUUCUACAACAUUACCUUUAACUCCAUAUUUUUAGCACGUUGAGUAUAGAAUAGAACGAGGUACGAGUGAAGUCAAAAGCGUAGUAAGCAUGGUGCUAGAGCACCGAUCCCCAACAAUAGCCGAGAACUCUCGAGUAAAAUUCGACCCGAAUGAAGCGCAGCCAAUCAAAUUACCAGUUGUACCACCAACGAUGGUCGGAGUGUGUCGAUUGAUCCAAGUGUACUAUGUGCUCAAGUUUUGUAUCGAGGACGAAAGGAAGAAUGAGUCGCUGGAAAUGGACUUUCCUCUAACUGUAGCCACGGUGCCGUAUCGGUCGAAUCAGUCACAGGUCUACUCUGUCACUUAUGGUAGGUGUUAUAUUUAUGAUAUACUGCUUGAAACUUAAAAGUAAUCUACAUUCUUGGAGAUGGGGAUACCUACAAAAAUGAUUUUUUGCACAUUUAAAGUUGAGACUUUUUUACGCAAAUUUUGAAACAUUUUAGGUUUCUGCUUUGCAUAUUACGAGCCACAGAAUGUAUCCAAACGUUUAUGUAGGAUUUAACAAAAGUUCCAAAAAAUUUUUGGCAAAAACUGUCAAAACAUUUAAGCCUUUUUGUUGAAAAUUUUUGAAAUUUAACAAAAUGCGAACCAAUAAACAUAGAAACAUAUCUUGAUAACAGUUGUAGUAUACCAAAUUUUAAAAGUUCCAAAAAUAAUUUUUAAAAAGCUGCUGAAAUUACUGACUGCACUGUGCAAAAAAACGCCAUAACUUUUAGGACCUUUUGUUUAAAAAAGAAAAUUCACAAAAUACAAAUUAAUAAACAUAGAAAUGUAGCUAGGUAACAAUUUUAGUAUAUUACGUUUUAAAAGUUUCAAAAAAUAUAUAUUUUCAAACAUCUAUCAAAAUUAUUGACUGCACUGUGCAAAAACAGCCAUAACUUACGAGCCCUUUUAUAGAAACUGCUUAAAAUUUUCAAAAAUACUCUAAGAAACAACUUCAAACUACUACAAUGUAAAUUUUUCAGAUUUCUGCGUAGACUACAUAGAAACAGGCAAAUAUAUAUCGACCGAAUUCCGCUUGGGCCAUGUUUAUGAUGGUGACAAUGGAACGUCGGAAGAAGUGGAAGACAUAAUCCUAUAUCGACCAGUCUAUGUUACAGUAGCUCACAAAGCUCGUAUGGAUAAGCUAUUAGUGAGUUUUAAAAAAUAUUUUACAUUUUUUGACCAUUUUUUUGAACAGUUUAAAAAAAUAAACAAUUGAAUUUUAAAUUUUAAAUUUCCCGCAUUUUUUGGCAUAGUGUUUACAUACAUGACUUAUUAAACUUAAAAAAUACAAUUUCAUGAUAUCUGAAUAUCACUUUUGAUAAAAAAAAUAAUUUGCAGGACUCCCGCCUAUCCGAUUCACCUCAAUCUAUCCGAGAGCUACCCAAGGAAGACUCGAUCAAACGCCUACCAACAACAACACAAUCAGCCGAACCCUUGAACACUAUCGACGGUGUUAUUCAGCCGGUGAAUGGGGAUCUCAGCCCUAGGACGGCGUUAGAAGACAGCAGCAACGAGGUCAUACAGUUAUAUUAA